AUGCCCACCCAGGCGUGGAUCCAUGUGUACUCCGCCACUCCCGAUGACUACGCAGAAGCGCGCCACGCAGCCCUCUACUUUCACUUCCCCGACAACACCGGCGACCUCAUGCACAUCGUCGGCCAACCGGGCAUCUUCAAGUUCGAGGUCCUCGACUACUACGUGCCCGGCCAAAGCAAAAACCUGGUCAGCCGCAUCCCCGUGGGGAUGAUCAACGACUCCUUUACACCGGCUGACAUCAGACGCAUUUGCGCCUGGACGCUCCUCAAUAACUCUCCCGACGAGAUGUUCUGGGAUUGUCAUCAGUGGGUUUACGACGUCCUUACCCGGCUGGUGAAGAAUGGCGCGGUUUCCGCCAAACAGAUGAAUCUGGCUAUCGACCGGAUGAUUUACUCUUGCCUUGAGGCGGAAGAUGAGGGGAUGGGCUUGCUGCGCAAGAAGGGAGGCCCUGAGACAUGGAAGAGAGCUUAUGUUCUGUGA